UAAAGGACUCUCAGAGCGAUUCUACCAAAUUUUCGGCAGAGAUUUCGAAUCCAUCUUGGGUUCAACUCAAAAGUUAAAAAAAGUUCAAGAUUAAUCUCAAAUUUUAUAAAAAUGAAGCUCUUUUUUCUUCCUCCCUGUCCCACUACACGAUCUACAAUACCCAUAGAGAAUAUAAGUUCAUGACCAUCCCAGUUUCAAUCUAUCUCCGUGGAUCCUCUCUCUCUCACUAGUCAUUAAUGGGUCUUUUCCAUGUCACAUUCCUCUGUCUUCUUUUGUCAAACAUUGGCGCAAUAGCUGCUAGGCAAAAGGAAUGGAAGUCUGCUACUGCAACUUACUCCAAAGAAACAAAUGGCUCCAUCAUCACACGUGCUUGUGGUUAUGGUGAUCUUCACAAGAAAAGUUAUGGGAAGUACAGUGCUGGACUAAGUAGCAUAUUAUUCAGCAGAGGGAGUUCCUGUGGGGGAUGCUUUGAGCUGAGAUGUGUUGACCACAUCCGCUGGUGCUUGCCUGGUAGCCCUUCUGUUAUCAUUACAGCAACAGAUUUUUGUCCACCAAAUUAUGGGCUUCCAUCAGACUAUGGUGGCUGGUGCAACUUCCCCCAAGAACACUUCGAGAUGUCUGAGGCAGCUUUUGCUGAAAUAGCAGUGAGAAAAGCUGAUAUUGUGCCAGUACAGUAUAGGAGGGUGAACUGCGAAAGGAAUGGAGGAUUGAGAUACACAGUCAGUGGGAGUUCCUACUAUUAUCAAGUCCUGAUCACCAAUGUUGGGUUGGAUGGUGAAGUGGUUGCGGUGAAAGUGAAAGGAUCGAAGACCGGUUGGAUUCCCAUGGCAAGGAACUGGGGCCAAAAUUGGCAAUGUAACAUUAACUUUGGAGGGCAGCCUCUAUCUUUCGAGGUGACAAGCAACAGUGGAAGAACAGUUACAUCCUACAAUGUAGCUCCAGCAAAUUGGCAAUUUGGUCAGACAUUUGAAGGGAAACAGUUCUAAGAGAACUGAGACACUUCAAACUACAAAUGGGGGGAAUUUGGGGGUUGGAAAGAAACUGUACAAUGAGAAAAGCUCAAAGCCAUAAGUUCAUUAGUACUUGGCCUAUUGUAGAUCCCGAAAUUUCGAUAGGCACAAUUACCUUAUCCAGAAAAGGAGAUAGAAAAAGAAAAAGAAAAAGCAAUGCCCAUAAUUUA